CACCACCACCACACGCGCCCGACACAAACACACGCGCACUCACGCGCAACCAUACCCACCCACCGCACACAAUCUCCACACCCCCCACAAUGGACCCCUCCAACGCACUCCCCCUCAUCGAAGACCUCGAAGCCAACAUCGACGAACUCACCGCCAUCCUCACCCCCCUCCUCCCCCCCACCCCCCUCAGCAACACCCUGCUCCCACUCCCACUCCUCUCAAAAGCAAAACUGCACACCCUGCUCGCCUACGCCAUCGAAUCGACGCUCUUCAACAGCCUCGUGCUAACCGGCGCCGACGCAAAAGCGCACCCGAUCUACGCCGAGCUGGCGCGGCUGCGCGGCUACUUCGCGAAAACCAAGGUCGCGGAGGAACAUACGGAGCGGCUGGCGCAGAAGGAGGGGAGAGCAAGGCUGGAUGUCGCGGCCGCGGGGCGGUUUAUUAAACAUGGGCUUAGUGGGAAUGAGCGGUUUGAUGAGCUGAGGCGCGAGAGGGAGAGGGCUGAGAAGGAGCGCGGGCUGGCGCGGGCAAGGGCGCUGGUGAAUAAGAAGUUUGAGGAGGGCGGGGAGGUGAAGGGGAUGAAGAGGGGGGUGGAGGAGGAGGGCGCGACGCCGACGAAGCGGGUGCGGGUUGAGGAGGACAGGGAGGAGGAGGAUGAGGGCGAGGUGGAGGGCGGGGAGGAGGUUGCGAGCCCUGCGCCGAGCAAGCGUGGGCGCCCGUCGAAGAAAGAUAGACUCGCUGCGGCGACGGCGCAGAACGACACGCCCCCGCGCGCCACUCGCUCCACGGCGCCGAAGACGCGCUCCGAGGCUUUCCAGGCGCUGGCUGGUUCGCCUGCGGGCGGCUCGAAGCCCAAGGGGAAAGGCAAGGCGAAGGGCAAGGGCAAGGACAAGGCGACAUAGCCACGUCUCGCUACGGCAGCGCACAUCAAAACGACAGAGCACAUCAAAAACGACAGAGCAUAG